AUGAGUCAAAUCCUCUCUUGGAACUGUCGAGGUCUGGGACGAGCCUUGACAGUCCAAAAACUUGGGGAGCUCAUUCGCUCCCAUUCUCCGUCCGUGGUAUUCUUGUGUGAGACAAAGCAAUCUUGCUUCAAAGUUAACAAUCUGAGACGACAUCUAAAGUUCAAUAAAGGCAUCACCUUUAAGCCAUCUCGCAAUUCUUCUGGAGGUCUGGCUCUUUGGUGGCGUCCCGAGGUGAAGGUGGAGGUAAUAUCCACAGGUAAACACCUUAUUGAUACUAUGAUCAAUUUCUCAAAUCUCAAUGCCUCUAUCAGAUUCACCUUUUUCUACGGUCCUCCUUAUCUUGAAGACAAAGCCCAAUUCUGGUCUUCCUUAGACCAUAUCUUCAGUUCUCAUGAGGGUCCUUGGAUUUGUGUGGGAGACUUCAACGAACUAGUCUCAAAUGAUGAAAAGGAGGGUGGAAUUCCUUGGCACUGGAACAGAAUCAGAUACUUGAAAAAUUUCAUGGAUAGGCAUGGGCUAUUCGAUCUAAGUUUCACGGGUCCGAAAUUUACUUGGGAGAAUUGCAAAGAGGAGGCUGAGGAGAUUAUCAGGGAAAGGUUGGAUAGGGCCAUCGGAAAUGCGGAUUGGCUUUGCUCUUGGCCAGAUUCGUUUGUUCACCAUGAGCCAAGGGUAGGCUCAGAUCAUUGUCCUCUUGUCAUCUACACCUACCCUCGGUUACCCAAAGGCCCUAAACCCUUCAGAUUCGAGGCUAGUUGGGCGGAAGACCCUGAAUGUGAAGAGAUUGUCACCGGGUCUUGGAAGUCCGAUAGAAACUCUGAUCCGAUUGUGCUCUGGGACUCAAACCUGUCCUCCUGUAGGAAGAAUAUGAUCAAAUGGAGUAGAAAGAAGUACCCAAAUAACAAGUCCGUUAUUGAGGCCCUAAAUCGAGAGCUUAGCGCCAUUCAAAAUGGGCCUAUUUUAUCUGACUCAGGAGGAAGGGUGAAUGAGAUCAUCAGAGACUUGGGAGAAGCUUGGAAGCUGGAAGAGUCCUUUUGGAAACAGAGAUCUAGAGUUAACUGGUUACUGAAUAGUGAUAGAAAUACCAAAUUUUUCCAUCUUACCACCAUUCAAAGAAGACAACGAAACCGGAUAAGUAGACUCUGCCUUGGUAACGACGUCUGGAUCAGUGGCACCCUUAAGGCCCCAGGACCUGAUGGUUUCCUCGGCCUUUUCUACACCCAGUAUUGGGCCACUGUUCAUGAAAACAUCAACAAUGUAGUCUCUUGCUUCUAUAACGGGGAGGCCUCGGUGACCAAUUUAAAUAGGACUAAUAUUGUCCUAAUUCCGAAUGUCCCUCACCUAGAAUCUCUCAACCAAUUCCGGCCCAUCAGUUUGUGUAACAACUCGGUCAAGAUCUUAGCAAAACUUCUUGCCAACAUAAUGAAACCAAUCCUACCACAAAUCAUCUCUGAGCAUCAAAAUGUGUUUGUUCCGGGAAGACAAAUUCAGGACAACCUCAUUUUAGCUCAUGAAGCCUAUCAUUAUCUGAAGUUGAAAAAAUCGAAAUCGGAUCAUGAGCUUGCUCUAAAGCUAGAUAUGAAUAAGGCCUACGACAGGGUAGAAUGGGAUUUCUUGAAGGCUGCGCUUCUAAAGUUUGGCUGGGUCAAUUUGAUUAUGGAAUUGGGUAACUCCAAGAUAGAGGCUUUAGCUUACAUUCGGGAACGAAUCAAACAGAAACUGGAUGGCUGGAAGGCUAAUGUUCUUUCUCAAGCCGGAAGAGAAACUCUAAUCAAGGCUGUUGCUAUGGCAGUGCCGGCCUACCCCAUGUCGAUUUUCUUGAUGCCGGUUACUCUAUGCAAAGCUAUCAAUUCCGAUAUAGCAAACUUUUGGUGGGGUUUUUCGGAUGCACACAAAAAAUCCACUGGAGGGCUUGGGAUCAUCUCUGCAAGAGCAAAGCUGAGGGAGGAAAGAAGCAGUGGUCUGAUGUUCCCAGCUCUAUUUGCACUAGCUGAAGAACUCUAUGAAAAUGCUAGACCACAGUUUGAAGAACUUCAUACACAGCAGAGUACUGUUCGAAAAGAAAAAAUUCACUUCCUUGAAGAUCCAGAAAGUGCUAGAGUUCCUUUCAUAGCAUUAAAAGAAUCAGAUUGGCUUGAAUUCCAUAAUCUGAUAGGAAGUCAUAAUUCUAAGGCUUGGAGAGAUGUUAUUGCUGAUAAUGCACUGUGGCAAGUAAAGAAUGGGAAGAGUAUAGAUGUGUGGAAGGACAGAUGGGUCCCGAACCAAAAUGGUGGUUUAAUUAUCCCUACAGACACUUCAAAUAGGUUCACCCCCCUUCUAGUCUCAGAGGUUAUUGAUGAGGAAAGAAAGUGGAAUAUUUCUCACCUAGAGCCUUUCCUAGAGCAAGGUGACAUAGUGGCAAUUAAGGCCAUCCCCAUCGGUGAUGCUCAUGAGGACGACAGACUUGUUUGGCCUCACAAUAAGGGUGGGGCCUACUCUGCUAAAAGUGGCUACAAAAAGUUGAUUUCCAAACCUAAAGAGCCCCCUAGCUGUAAGUAG